CCGUCAGCCUGCUGAUGAUCAGCUGAUCUCUCCGGAAGUUCCUGCUUCAGUCCAGCUCUCAGUGUUUUGUUUAUUUGGAUCAGAACCAGCUGUGAGGAUCACGUGAGAGACUUUACAGCUUUAUAGCUCACAACAGUUCAGUUUAUUUUAGCAGAACAGAGAUCGGCUCUCAGUGAAAACAAACAAACAAAAACAAAAUGUCUCUGCGGUUUAGUGUAAAGAGCGGAAUCAGUCUGUUACCCGUCAUCUACCUUCUGCUAGCAGCUCAGGCUACUGAAGCUAAAAAUUCUGAGGACAUCAGGUGUAAAUGUAUUUGCCCCCCAUACAAAGACAUUGAAGGACAAAUCUACAAUCAGAACGUCUCCCUGAAGGAUUGUAACUGUCUUCAUGUGGUGGAGCCAAUGCCUGUGGAAGGGAAAGAUGUGGAGGCUUACUGUUUACGCUGUGAAUGUAAAUACGAGGAGAGAAGCUCAGGAACAAUUAAAGUGACCAUCAUCAUCUACCUUUCUGUUUUGGGGCUGCUGCUGCUCUACAUGGUGUAUCUGACCCUGCUGGAGCCCAUGCUCAAACGCCGCCUGUUCGGACACUCGCAGCUCAUCCAGAGUGAUGAUGACGUCGGGGACCAGCAGCCUUUCGCUAACGCUCACGAUGUGCUGUCCCGCUCGCGCUCUCGCACCAACAUGCUGAACAAGGUGGAGCAUGCGCAGCAGCGCUGGAGGAGGCAGGUCCAGGAGCAGCGCAAGUCCGUGUUCGAUCGGCAUGUGGUGCUGAGCUAAACAAAACGAAACAAAAAACACUCCCCCUACUGGACGGGCCGCUCAUCAUCCCUGUUAUAUGUGCAGUGUAAUCUUCUCACCUUUAUAACAUCAUCUCCUGUGUGUGUGUGUGUGUGUGUGUGUGUGUGUGUGACGUUUCCUCCACAUCCACUGGCAUGAAAUUUCAUCUCUUUGUAUUUAACAUUCUGAAUGUUUUUUUAUUUUUAAUUUUUGCAUGAAAUCAGAUGAAAACUUCAGUGAAUAAAAACGUUUGUUUCUGAUGCAGUCGCUCAGGUUUAAAUACAGAGGCACAAACACGAGCGGCAAAAUAUAAGCUCAUAGUCAUCUCAUUCCUCUUUAAUAAACAUAAAUAUCUCAUUGUGUGUGUGUGUGUGUGUGUGUGUGUGUGUGUGUGUGUGUGUGUGUGUGUGCGUGCGCGCACAGAUCUCAUCAUGAACUGUUUAAAAGUUGUAUCACUAAAUAAACCCAUGUCCUGUUUAACCAGUCUUAACUAAACGCUGAUCAUUUUAUAAAUGUGAUAUCGUCCAUUUUCAUGUAAACAAACUCUUCGUGGUUGAUGAUUACAGUAUUGUUGUGGAACUUUCUCCAGAAGAUUAAUGUUUGUGUUGGCUUCAUGUUUUAGGAGUUUAGGGCUCGAUGACGAGGUUAAUAUCGGAUGUUUUAUCUUGUACCUGUGAGCACUUCCAAUAAAUUCUGUACACUUCUGUGGA